GUCCCCCGCCCGCGACAAGUGGGGGUGAAAAGCGGCCCGACCUGCUUGGGGUGUAGGGGGCGGACCGCGCGGUUGGAGGUGUGAGGAUCCGAACCCGGAUUGGGGGGGCGGAGGCGGCUCCUGCGAUCUAAAGGGACGUGAGGCUUACCGGCCGCGCGCCAUGAGGGCCCUGUGGGUGCUGGGCCUGUGCUGCGUCCUGCUGACCUUCGGGUCGGCCCGAGCUGACGAUGAAGUCGAUGUGGAUGGGACCGUGGAAGAGGACCUGGGGAAAAGCAGAGAAGGCUCGAGGACCGACGAUGAAGUAGUGCAGAGAGAGGAAGAAGCCAUACAGUUGGAUGGAUUAAAUGCAUCACAAAUAAGAGAACUUAGAGAGAAAUCAGAAAAGUUUGCCUUCCAAGCUGAAGUUAACAGGAUGAUGAAACUUAUCAUCAAUUCACUGUAUAAAAAUAAAGAGAUCUUCCUGAGAGAGCUGAUUUCAAAUGCUUCCGAUGCUUUAGAUAAGAUAAGGCUGAUAUCACUAACUGAUGAGAGUGCACUGUCUGGAAAUGAGGAAUUAACAGUCAAAAUUAAGUGUGACAAAGAGAAAAACCUGCUGCACGUCACAGACACCGGGAUAGGAAUGACCAGGGAAGAGUUGGUUAAAAACCUCGGCACCAUAGCCAAAUCCGGGACAAGCGAGUUUCUGAACAAAAUGACCGAGGCCCAAGAAGAGGGCCAGUCGACCUCGGAGCUGAUCGGCCAGUUCGGCGUGGGGUUCUAUUCUGCCUUCCUCGUCGCAGAUAAAGUCAUUGUCACAUCAAAACACAACAAUGACACCCAGCACAUCUGGGAGUCGGACUCCAAUGAAUUUUCAGUAAUUGCUGACCCAAGAGGAAACACCCUGGGCCGGGGAACAACAAUCACCCUGGUCUUGAAAGAGGAAGCAGCCGAUUACCUUGAAUUGGAUACAAUUAAAAAUCUCGUCAAAAAGUAUUCGCAGUUCAUAAACUUCCCUAUUUAUGUGUGGAGCAGCAAGACGGAAACGGUUGAGGAGCCCCUAGAAGAGGAGGAAGCAGCAAAAGAAGACAAAGAAGAGUCCGACGACGAAGCAGCAGUAGAGGAGGAGGAAGAAGAGAAGAAGCCCAAAACCAAGAAGGUUGAGAAAACCGUGUGGGACUGGGAGCUCAUGAAUGACAUCAAGCCGAUAUGGCAGAGACCCUCCAAGGAAGUUGAAGAGGACGAGUACAAAGCCUUCUACAAGUCGUUCUCAAAGGAGAGCGAUGACCCCAUGGCUUACAUCCACUUCACGGCCGAAGGGGAGGUGACCUUCAAGUCCAUCCUGUUCGUGCCCACCGCCGCCCCUCGGGGGCUCUUCGAUGAGUAUGGCUCCAAGAAGAGCGACUACAUCAAGCUGUAUGUGCGCCGGGUCUUCAUCACGGACGACUUCCACGACAUGAUGCCCAAGUACCUGAACUUCGUCAAGGGCGUGGUGGACUCGGACGAUCUGCCCCUGAACGUGUCCCGAGAGACGCUGCAGCAGCACAAGCUGCUCAAGGUGAUUAGGAAGAAGCUUGUCCGUAAAACCCUGGACAUGAUCAAGAAGAUUGCAGAUGAGAAGUACAACGACACCUUCUGGAAAGAAUUUGGCACCAACAUCAAGCUGGGCGUGAUCGAGGACCACUCGAACCGCACUCGCCUCGCCAAGCUGCUUCGGUUCCAGUCUUCCCAUCACGCCACCGACAUCACUAGUCUGGACCAGUAUGUGGAGAGGAUGAAGGAAAAGCAGGACAAGAUCUACUUCAUGGCGGGCUCCAGCAGGAAGGAGGCCGAGUCGUCCCCGUUUGUGGAGCGGCUCCUGAAGAAGGGCUACGAGGUCAUCUACCUGACGGAGCCCGUGGACGAGUACUGCAUCCAGGCCCUGCCCGAGUUCGACGGGAAGCGCUUUCAGAACGUCGCCAAGGAAGGGGUGAAGUUUGACGAAAGCGAGAAAAGCAAGGAGAGUCGGGAGGCCACCGAGAAGGAGUUCGAGCCUCUGCUCACCUGGAUGAAGGACAAGGCCCUCAAGGACAAGAUUGAGAAGGCCGUGGUGUCGCAGCGCCUGACGGAGUCCCCGUGCGCCCUCGUGGCCAGCCAGUACGGCUGGUCGGGCAACAUGGAGAGGAUCAUGAAGGCCCAGGCCUACCAGACGGGCAAGGACAUCUCCACGAACUACUAUGCCAGCCAGAAGAAGACGUUCGAGGUUAACCCCCGGCACCCCCUGAUCAGAGACAUGCUCCGGCGGGUCAAGGAAGACGAGGAUGACCAGACGGUGCUGGAUCUGGCCGUGGUCCUGUUCGAGACGGCGACCCUGCGCUCGGGGUACCUCCUCCCGGACACGAAAGCCUACGGGGACCGGAUAGAGAGGAUGCUCCGCCUCAGCCUCAACAUCGACCUGGACGCCAAGGUUGAGGAGGAGCCUGAGGAGGAGCCCGAGGAGGCUGCGGAGGACGGGGAGCAGGAGCAGGACGCAGAGCAGGACGAAGAGGAGGAGGAUGCGGACGCAGGCGCUGAGGACGACGAACAGGAGGCCGCCAAGGUAGCCGGGAAAUCCACAGCUGAAAAAGACGAAUUGUAGAUGUCACGCGAGGUCUGCUCCCGUGUGGAGAGGGGAUGUGAAGUGAAGCCCUUGCUGUGGGGGAGACUUGUUCUGAAUGCCCCCCUCCUCCCCUGCACUGUACAAUGUCGGGAUUGUGGGUCACAGGAAGAAGUGGGUUUUUUAGUUGAAUUUUUUUUAACAUUCCUCAUGAAUGUAAAUUUGUACUAUUUAACUGAAUAUUCUUGGUGUAAAAUCUUGUCAUGUGUAUAAAAAUAAAAAAGAUCCCAAACACCCAA